AUGGCAACUCAACAAAUAAGUCCUCCUAUAUUAAAUAGUUCUACUACAACCAACAAUUACAACAUCAAUAAUAAUGAUUCAACACCAGUUGUUCCGCCCAGACCUACUACUACAUCAAUGAAUACUGGUACAACAAAUAGAAAUUAUGGAUCUUAUGGUACAGGAUAUUCACCAUACUCUAGUUAUAACUCAUAUGGCAGCUCGUAUGGCGGCUCGUAUGGUAGCUCGUAUGGCAGCUCGUAUGGUGGUGUUUAUGGGUCACCAUACUCUAGGUAUGGAAGUUAUUCAUCGCCAUACAGUAGAUAUGGUUCAUAUGGUGGUGGAUAUGGUGGAUAUGGCUCUUAUAAUUCAUAUGAUUAUGGAUCUUAUGGUACAGGAUAUUCACCAUACUCUAGUUAUAACUCAUAUGGCAGCUCGUAUGGCGGCUCGUAUGGUAGCUCGUAUGGCAGCUCGUAUGGUGGUGUUUAUGGGUCACCAUACUCUAGGUAUGGAAGUUAUUCAUCGCCAUACAGUAGAUAUGGUUCAUAUGGUGGUGGAUAUGGUGGAUAUGGCUCUUAUAAUUCAUAUGGUUCACCAUAUAAUCGCUUUGGUCAUGGUAGUGGCGGUGGUGGAAUGAUGGGACCAGGUGGACCAGAUGAAAUGUCACUUACACAACGAAUGGAGGCCAAUACAGCAGCAGGCUUUCAAAUGAUUGAGUCAAUAGUGAAUGCAUUUGGUGGAUUUGCUCAAAUGUUGGAAUCAACAUAUUUUGCUACACAUUCAUCAUUUAUGGCAAUGGUUGGAGUUGUUGAUCAAUUUGGCAGUUUGAGAAAUUAUUUGGGUCAAGUUUUAAGUAUUUUUGCAUUGAUUAGAUGGAUAAAGCAUUUAUUUUACAAACUGACCGGUAGACAGCCACCAGUUGAUCCUAGUAAUUUGAAUGUGGCUGAUUAUCAACAAUUUCAAGAGCAACGUAAAUAUUCUCGACGACCUUUAUUAUUUUUUGUAAUUGCAGUUUUUGGAUUACCAUAUCUUAUGCAUAAAUUUAUACAUGCUUUCUCUGCUGGUAGACCCAAUCUUGAAAUGUGUCAAGCAACUUAUGAUUUUAGAGGGGAGUCACAGGUUGAAUUAACAUUCCAGCGUGGUGAUAUAAUUGCUAUUUUGAGUAAGGUAGAUAUGUGGGGACAACCUUCUCAAUGGUGGAGAGGCCGUUUAAGAAAUGGGGAGCAAGGAUUGUUUCCAGCUAAUUAUGUAGAAAUCAUUAAGAAAGAAGAUAAUAUUAACAAUACUACUACUGCUAUUAAAUAA